AUGUCUAGGCACUGGGCAUUUAAGGUUUCAGUUAUUCAUGCAGCCUGUGUCAGUCUUAAUCAGGAUAAGAUCAUUCUCAAAGCGAAUCAGCUUACUAUGGGUCGUCCGAGUCUGGAGUUCUCGGACUGCCGUGCGCGUUUCAGAGUCAGCAAUUUCGACUCUUUAUCGAUGCAACUUCUCUACCGUCUCGUGAGCACUUCCUGUAUAUCUAGCUUGCUGGUCGUUGGAAGCGGUCCAACAGAGGCUGCCCUUCUAAGCAUCACCAGACGUCAGAAUGCUAUCAUCACAAGGGCCGAGUCAUCGGCUGGAGCCGAUAAUGUUGAUGUGCGAGAUAUACCGGCUAUGCUAUCUCGCACAGGACAUAGUCGUCGACUUGGAUCGUCCAGGGUGGAAGAUUGUCUUUCCCUCAACUCGGCCGUAGACACAAUGAGCCAUAUCCGUAUUCAAGCCGUUCUCACCGAGAUCUGUGGUCUGCCCCCCUCAGAAGUCUGCGAAUACACAGCUGCUGCUGGUGAUGCUCUGGAUCUCAACAUCAUUUGCGAGCCUAAUUUCUCUGUGACACUCGAGAGCACUGAGAUUGAGAGACUCGGUAAAGUUACGAUGGAAGUCUUGGAUGGUGCUGAUGACCCAUAUGCACAACUACAGAACGGUUUAGUGGAAAUGGAAAUUCCCCAAGCCUGGAAGCUCGUCGAGGCCUCGGGCAAGGCUUCACGGAGCGAAGAUAUAAUUAUUGCUGUAUUCGAUUCUGGUGUUGAUGAUAAACAUGAAGAUCUCCGCGAUAUCCUGUGGACGGGUCCAGAUGGUUCCCACGGCUACAACUUUGUCGAAGGAUCGACUGAUGUCUCCGACGGUCACAGUCAUGGUACGCAUUGCGCUGGCACUAUCGCCGCCCAACGCAAUAAUGGUCUGGGGAUCAGCGGAAUCGCACAAGCGAGGUUGAUGGCACUCAAGAUAUGUGAUGAUACCGGUAGCUGUAACAUACUGCUAGCUUUCCGAGCCUUCGAGUUUGCUCUGGAGCACGGUGCUCAAGUGUCUUCACAUUCUUAUAUGGCUGAUACUGGUGCAGCCAUAUUGGAAGAGGCUUACAAAAACGCAGGGGCAACUGGACAUGUUAUGAUCUUUGCAGCUGGGAACGACGGGCAGAAUAUCGACACCAGUAAAUACCCCUGCACGCUAAGCCGACUCAUACCAACAUCUGUUUGCGUUACUCACACGAACUUGGAUGCACCCGAUAAAUAUACGCUUGCUAAAAAGGCAAAUUAUGGCCCCUAUGUGGAUAUGACUGCUCCAGGCAUCGGAGUGUUCUCCACCGUACCACUUAGUAACUACGUCUACAUGUCUGGUUCGUCUAUGGCGGCCCCUCAUGUAGCUGGUGUGGCUGGUAUGUUGGCCUCUAUGAAUCUUAACG